AUGGCUGCAGCGUCGUCGUUGUCGCUAGCAGAAGAGGCUGCACGCCACGACAACCACAUCAUCCCCGUGGCCAAUGCCAAUCUCUCGCUAUUCUCAGGCCCCAGAGACUACUACACAUUGUUGGUGCUCACGUCCACCGACCCCAAGCACGAGUGUGGGCUCUGUGACACGUUGCCCGAGGUGGUGUCAACCGUUGCACACUCAUGGCACGCCGAUUACAGCAGCGGAAUGCUCUUCUUUACCACAGUGGACGUGGUGGACCGCACCAACAUCCCCAUCUUCGAGAAGUUGCAGCUCGACUCCAUUCCCCACGUGUGGUUGAUUCCUCCCAACAUGACAGCCAGUGCUGAUCCGUACUCGUUGCUUGAUAACGUCCACUACGCGUUCAAGUUGCCGGUGGGUGGCGUCAGCGACCAGGUGUUGGAGUUGGCACGGUUCCUCAGCGAGUUGUUGCAGAAGAACAUCGCCAUCCGUGACGAGGCGCCAGCCUCCAAGUUCGUCAAGACCUUCGUGGCUGUGUUUGCGGUGAUCGUGUUUCUUAAGAAGCGAGGCCCUUCGUUUAUUCGCGGCCAAAGCAGAAGAAAGGGCUAUGCCAUCUUCAUCGUCAUCCUCACGUUGGUGUUUGUCAGUGGGUACCAGUUCACCACCUCCCAGGGCACGCCAUUCGUGGCACGAAACGAGGAGGGCAUCAUCUACAUCAGUGGGGGUCUCUAUUAUCAGUUUGGGAUCGAAAUUGUCAUGGUAGCCGCAAACUACUUCUCGUUGGCAAUGACUUUGAUAGCCAUGAUCUACUUGGGCCGCUACCAGAUCACUGAGACCAGCAGGAUCCACCUGGAGGCCACGCGUUCUGCAUUGGUGGUGGUGGCCAACGUGGUGUUGUUUGUGCUCUUCAGCUGUUUGACCAGUAUGUUCUUGCGAAAGGAACAUGGCUACCCCUACGGCUUGGCCAAGUUGUUCUAA